UCAGGAUCUAACUUUAACCUGGUAUAACGAAGUUGAACAUGGUUUAUAAACAAUAGUAUAUAUUUGUCAUAUCCAGCUGGAGUAGAAAAGUAAAUCUCUUCCAUUUCUCAAAUUCAUAGAAAUUGGUCCGUUAGAGAAUAAAACUUGUACAAGCUAUCACAUGUCUAAGUAGUCAGUAAAACAAAUCGGAUUCCAUUAUCAUAAAUUUUCUCAAAAUAAAACAAUUAAACGUCAUCUUCGUUGAUUAUAAAUCAGUGAAUUCCAGAUGAUGUGGAUUGUCAACACGUGUAUUUGCGUUCAUUUGCAUAUGGGUAUCUGUCCAUGUGAGAAAGAAAUCGUAUGAGGAGAAAUUCAAUUUUCAUUCCAGUCCAAAGCAAUUGGUGAUUCACUGGUUCUAGACACGGAAACCACUUGAACAAAAGCUUCUUUGGUCCCUUUCCUAAGCAGUUAUAACUUUCAGCAAUUUCUUCACAGUUGUACUCAAAAGUGUUCAGUUCUAGCAAAGUGUCUGAAGAUGAAGGUCAAGUUUUCAUACUACACAAUUCACAGUCUAUCAACCGUAUACCUAAAACCUUAACACUCAUCCUUUACAUCCAAAAUAAAUGAGCAAGAAAUGUAAGAAGGAGAAAAGUGUUUAUCAUGGCGAAUCUAUUUUGUCCUACUUUAUUCGAGAUGAAGGCUGUAAACAACCGGCACAAACUGUAAGCCCACCUAGUGUAGAAACAUGUGUUCCUGUAUCUCAGAACAUUUCGUCAAUCGAAACGAAAUCUAGAAAAUGCCCGUUUUAUAAAUGGAUUCCAAGUACACCAAUUACUGUUGAUGCAUUUUGUUACAAUGAUAUUCCUGGAUGUACUUGCUACUUUCUUUCUCAUUUCCAUUCUGAUCAUUUUAAAGGAAUUCACAAGAAUUUCAAAGGACAUAUUUACUGCAGUGAGGUAACAAAAAAUCUUUUGAGAGAUACUUAUGGUCCGAAGCUGCUUAUUAGCGUUCUUGAGUUGCAUAAAUGCACUAAAAUUUGUGAUGUAGAAGUAACGGCUUUAGAUGCAAACCAUUGUCCUGGCUCCUUGAUGUUCCUGUUCCAUUUGCCGUUGAAGCGGAAAACUUAUCUACAUACAGGUGAUUUUCGUUAUACACCAGAAAUGUUGGCUUCUCCGAGUUCAUUGACAAGUUAUUUGAAAGAAGAAAAUGCUAAGGACACUUUGGUACCGAAAAUAGAUUCAGUGUUUUUGGAUACAACAUAUUGUUCCUCUCAGUAUGACUUCCCUACACAAGAAAAAGUAAUUCACGCAGCAUUGGAAAUCACUCGUCAAUACCUGACGAAGGAUCCUACUACCUUGGUUAUUUGUGGAAUGUAUUCGAUCGGCAAAGAACGAUUUGUUCAUGGUCUUGCCUCUGAAUUAAACUUACUUGUUUGGUUGCCAAGAAAUCAAAGUCGUUUGGUGAAACUGGCUGCCCAAGGUGGUUGUAUUAUAUGUCAAAAACUACUUCAGUGUGUCGUUGACAAUCCCCACCAAGCUCAACUUCAUGUUUUACCUAUGCAGCAGUUGAAUUUGACAGGUCUUGUCCAGCACCGGAACAAAAUGGGUGAUCGAUUACCGAGUGAUCCCUUUCACAAAUCAUCUAGUCACUCUAAAUUACGGCCUGUUUUAGGUUGGCGCCCGACUGGUUGGUCCCAUCGGCAAUCAAGCAAAAGUCAAACGUCGAUAGUACCUUCGCCUAGUGGUGUUGUUCUGGAACGCAAGCAGGGAGACAUUCAUAUAUUCGGUGCACCGUACAGUGAACAUAGUAGUUUCCUGGAACUGAAAGAAUUCAUCACACGUCUUCGUCCUCUACGUGUACAACCUACAGUUUUCGGUAAAUCAGUCAAUUCAAUGAAAGAUAUAGUGAAUAGCUGGUUGAAAUAAUGGAACAAAAGUUGCUAUCUUAAAAUUUCUUGACCUGAUUUCAUCAACUAACUUGUAAAGAUUGUAUUUUUUUUAAAUCGUGAAUAAAAACUUUUUAUGUGG